GACACUUAUUCAUCGUCAUCGUUAUUUAAACAACAAUUGCUCGCCAAUUCCGUGCUUUAAAAUUGCUACAUGUGACGUUGUCCGUGGUCCUGAAGCCACACUUCCUCAGUAGAGCAAACAUGGUACUGUCCAUGGUCCUAAACUUACUCUUCAGUCAUAGCCCUAGCAAAUGUGCAUCUGAUGGAGCUUUCUUUCAGAGAAGACAAUAAUGAGCUGUCAAGCUAGUUGGAUUCAUAUUCAUUGUGAAGAGCACAAGUAAGGUUAUAAUAUUCUUGGAAAAGACAGUUUAUUGGGAUACCAUAUACCCAAAGUCACUGCCUUGACCACUGCCAAGCACAUCUGAAUCCACUCCACAUUACACCCAGUAAACAUAUGAUGUAAAGUCAGAGGGUGUUUCUGAUAUGGCUUGUAAUGCCUCAUUAAGCUAAUCUUGUAAUGCACAGCUGAACUGCUGCAGAUAGUGCUGACGGCCGUCCGUCUCUUCCCUUCACAUCAACGGUCCUCACAUUUCAGUGGGGACCGUCAAAGCGCUAAGUGGGGGUUGAGGAUGUCCACAUCACCAUUGGGGCCCUCCUGUCCAGGAGAUGCAACAGAGAAGCUCCUUUAAAUGUGCCACCGAAACACCACUGCUCUGCAUCACUGCUAGCAUGGUUGCCUAGCAACUAGACAGCAGCAGAUGCCUGCAUCCCUCUUCCACUGAGUAAAAAUACAUGGGAAAAAUACACCACUUAUAUAUUUGUGCAAUGUGCAAAAUUGUUUUUAUUUUUUGUAUAAUUUCAUUUGUUCCUUAUCUUGAUAUAUUAUCGCAACCUGCAUGUUGGCGUGUGCAAAAAGAGUGUCACUGAUUUCAAAAUCGUAUUUGUCCGUCAUUAUUUUUUUUUUUUUUUUUUUUUUUUUUGGUGUCGUUUCUGAGUUUGUGAUUUCGAGGGUGUGUUGAGCUGAAGAAUGUGGAAGAAAUGCAUGAAAAUGCGCCGGGAUACUCUCGCAGCAUUUUAAUAGGUUGCAGCGCGCGAGCCGACAAGUACAGACAUCAUUCCUCCGCGAGACAAGCGCGUGGACAGACUGCCUUUCCUCUUUAGUUCGCUUUCGCUUUUAUUUUUUCAACAAACACCGGCAUUUUAUUCAGCACAUUCAAAGAGGGACCAUGUCUUUUACUCUUCUUUUGAAAUCCAAGCGUGUGCGACGGAGAUUUCUGUUCCAGUCUUGAUUAUGUUUUACGAUUCCUGGAGGUGUUAUUGCAAUUGAAGUGUGUCAUCAUUUGCUCUGAACAAGAGCAGGAACAUGCUCGGGGAUUCAAUCGAGAGAUAAGGGGGGUUUUCCAUUAGGCUAGACAAAGCUUGGACAUUUGCAAGCGUUUUAUUUGAGAUACAUACGUUUUUUUUUCACCCUGCUUCUGCUUCAUAUAAGGUUGUACUAUGGACUACAAGCUCUGACGUCUGCAUCAGAUAUUCUCUGCUGCAUUUCUUUAAAUGUGCAUCUUUUCUCCCCAGUGACUUUAAGAGGAAUAUCUCGACCAUCAGCAGUAGGGGAUGCAGAUUUUUUUUUCUUUGUCUCCAACCUUUAUAGCUGAGGGGGGAAAUAAAUAAAAAUAUCACUUACUGUGGAGCACCCCCCUCUUUGAAGGAGCAUCUCUGGAGCCAUGGCUUGCCCACAGCUUUGGACCUGGAAAUUGCGACGACAGGUGUAGAAGAAGAUUGAUUCUCUUCCAUUUUUUUUUUUUUCAUCAUCUUAUCUUUAUUUAUUUUUUUCUCCAUGUUUUCGUUGAAGAAGACUUUCCAGCACUUUCCCAGAAGUCCAGUCGAAGCUGAGAGAGAUGUCUGAUCUUCUGGUUUUGAUCGAGGGGGUCUCUGACCUGCACGGAUUUCCAUAGCUGAAGAAAAAAAAAGAAAACAACAACAACUGGGACCCAUUAAAUAUUUUAUUUAUUUAUUUUUAUUUUAUUUUUUUUUAAUUUUUUAAUUUUUUAUUUAUUUUGCGGGGCCAUCACACAUGCGUGCAUUGGUGCUUUGAUCUCUUUCUUUCAUUCAUUUGGCUGUUUUUUUCCCUCCCCUUCUUUUGGAUUCUUUUGGAUAAUUAUUUUUUUGGGGGGGUUGUUUAUUUGUUUGUUAUUGUUUUGCUUUGCUUUUUUGUUUGUUUGUUUGUUUUACAUCAGUUUGGAGCACAGGCGGUUGGAUUAUUGAAACUGAAUUAACGGAUUUGUGGAAAUGUUGGGUCCUCAAGAAGACAAAUUAUGUGGAAUUGUUUCUGCUCUCGCGGCAUUGUCCUUUGUCUGCUUUGUACAAAGCACCUCCACCGGAAAUACCGGAAUAUCUGUGGCCAAGACGACAGUGGACAAAUUGCUGAAGGGGUAUGACAUCCGUCUCCGGCCAGACUUCGGAGGUCCUCCGGUCAUCGUGGGAAUGAGUAUAAAUAUUGCCAGUAUUGACUCCAUUUCAGAAGUCAACAUGGACUACACCAUCACCAUGUAUUUCCAACAAAGCUGGAGGGACAAACGGUUGGCCUAUGCUGAGAUGGCUUUGAAUCUCACUUUGGACAACCGUGUGGCUGAUCAGUUAUGGCUCCCAGACACCUACUUCCUGAAUGACAAGAAGUCUUUCCUGCACGGUGUGACAGUGAAGAACCGAAUGAUUCGGCUCCACCCAGAUGGUACUGUUCUUUAUGGACUGAGGUAA